AUGAUCCACCUGAGCUGUAUUCUCCUCCAAGUCCUGAGUUGUGUCAACCCAGACAAUGCCAACAGCUCCGAGAUCCCAGUGAAGAUCCUCAACUGUGACACAAUUACUCAGGUUAAGGAGAAGAUUCUAGAUGCCAUCUUCAAGAACGUUCCCUGUUCCCAUCGGCCCAAAGCUGCAGAUAUGGACCUGGAGUGGCGACAAGGAAGUGGGGCCAGGAUGAUACUGCAGGAUGAAGACAUCACCACCAAGAUUGAGAAUGACUGGAAGAGACUCAACACCUUGGCUCAUUACCAGGUGCCGGAUGGUUCUGUGGUGGCUUUGGUGUCGAAGCAAGUGACAGCCUACAAUGUAGUGAACAAUUCCACAGUGUCCAGGACCUCAGCCAGUAAAUAUGAGAACAUGAUCCGGUACACGGGCAGCCCUGACAGCCUCCGCUCACGCACACCCAUGAUCACCCCUGACCUGGAGAGUGGGGUGAAGCUGUGGCACCUGGUGAAGAAUCAUGAGCAUGGGGACCAGAAAGAGGGUGAUCGGGGGAGCAAGAUGGUGUCCGAAAUCUACCUGACCAGACUCCUCGCCACGAAGGGCACGCUGCAGAAGUUCGUGGAUGACCUGUUUGAAACCAUCUUCAGCACGGCGCACCGAGGCUCCGCCCUGCCCCUAGCCAUCAAGUACAUGUUUGACUUCCUGGAUGAGCAGGCUGACAAACACGGCAUCCAUGACCCGCAUGUGCGUCACACCUGGAAGAGCAACUGCCUGCCCUUGCGGUUUUGGGUCAACAUGAUCAAGAAUCCCCAGUUUGUGUUCGAUAUCCACAAGAGCAGCAUCACGGACGCCUGCCUGUCAGUGGUGGCGCAGACCUUCAUGGAUUCCUGCUCCACAUCGGAGCACCGACUGGGCAAGGACUCACCCUCCAACAAGCUGCUCUAUGCCAAGGACAUCCCCAGCUACAAGAGCUGGGUGGAGAGGUACUACUCAGAUAUCGGGAAGAUGCCGGCCAUCAGCGACCAGGACAUGAACGCCUACCUGGCUGAGCAGUCUCGGAUGCACAUGAAUGAGUUCAACACCAUAAGCGCACUCUCUGAGAUCUUCUCCUACGUGGGCAAGUACAGCGAGGAGAUCCUGGGGCCUCUGGACCACGAUGACCAGUGUGGAAAGCAGAAACUGGCCUACAAACUAGAACAAGUCAUAACCCUCAUGAGCUUAGACAGCUGAGAACUGUCCUUCCAGGGCCACCCUGGAGGAAGGGACACACCAAGCCGUGCCUCAGUCUAGAUUAUCAUCUUUACCAAGUGCAAGUUCCAACUGGCGCCUGCAACACCCCCCUGAGCAUCUGUCUCUCUCUCCCUAUCUCCCCCCCCCCUUUCUGUCUUCUCCUUCCUGGUUCCUUUCUCUCCCAGUUGCUCUGUCAAUGUGAUUGAACCAAGCCACCAGCCCUCCAUGAGUCCAGGAUAGCCAUGUCAAUAGUGAGAGAAUGGACCAGAAAAUUCUAGAGGGGCUUUCUUUCCCCAUUGACCCCAUGUCUCGGCAACAGGACCUAGUGAUACAGGGGAGCCUUGGCUGGGAGACAUUUCUGUGCUGCUACUUUAUUGUCUACUUCCGGAGAGGCCCAUGACCUUUGACCUGGGGAAGAGACAUUGAGCUCGGUACCUGGAUCACUCCAUCAUAUUUUCAUCUCCAGGGGUUCAGCCAGUGAUCUGGGCCCUUUGCAACCUUGAGAAGGAUGGGCACCCCUGUUCCAGGUGACUAGAGUGGAGAGUGCAUGCAAGGAGUCAGAGUGGCUUCCUGGUUCUCGUCCAGUCUUCUGGGAGUUCUUCCAGAAGCCCAGCACAGUGUCACAAUUGUAACACAGAAGAGGAGAUAAGGAAAGAACUCCGUCUACCCUGGAAGCAGAAGUCACUGCUUUCUCUCCAACUCAUAUGCAGAUGAGGCACCAUCAUGGUCAUGGGUCUAGUUCAUUGUCAGGUUCUUGAGUACUGUUUUAAGGAGCGUCUCUCCAUCCUCCUUGUCAUCACUCACCCAGGGUCAAGGUGUAACGCAGAGUGUGUCCAGGCGAGUCUACCUCCAGCUGUCUCCAUGGCUCCAUCCCAUUACCAUUCCUCGGAACGCUGUAGAAGGCAUCCAUGCCCCUGAGCCCCUUGCAGAAUUGGCCGCCAUUGUUGUGCAGUGUCUUUGUCCCUGGACCCUCCAGACAUGCCUGAGCAGGAGUUCAUUAGCAUUUCUGCUUUCUCUUGGGUCACUUCCCUCCAACUGGCACCACUGAAGGAGACCCACUCAGGUACAGUCUCACAGGACCAGGCCAGAAUGCCAGCCACAUUCAGUUCCUAGCUGGCUACAUUUGAGAGGGGCAGAGAAGUCAAAGUGAAGGGCCCAGGCACCGGAGAAGAGAAAAGGGGCAUAAGAAUGCUCUCAGUGACCCUGGAUCUGUCUCUUCAACUGUCCCUCUGUCGAUGGAUGUGUCUUUCUAGCCAGCCAGGAGAAUGUGUGUUUGGACAUGGGUACUGGAUAGGCAGAGGCUGUGGUGAGAGGUGGUUUGUUGGAGAAGCACAGGGACCUACCACCUGGCAGCCCUGGAGGCAGAUGACCCAUCACCACAGGAGACAAGAAGAACCAUCUUUGAAGGCUGGGUUGGAUAUUCACAGCAUUUUAAGCAAAGUUUCUAGAGCAUCCUGUGUUUUACAGACUGCUGGCUUCUUUUGUUAGGAGUACGUGCUCAUGUGAGCUCAUGUGCCGCUGAUGUGUGUGUGUGUGUGUGUGUGUGUGUGUGCUCGCGCUCAGAAAAAAUGGCUGGUCCCAUAGUGGGGAGGAGUUCAAAGUGCCUCCUUUCUCUGCUUUUGCAUCUCCUUCAUCUUGGGUGUCACAAUGCAGUAUUUCAAUGCUAAAUGCUGGUGGGUGUAAGGGGACAUCACCUAGCCACAGGAAAUCAGGGUGUUUGGUCACCUGGCCUUGACUGGAGGCUGCCAAGUAAUGGUGGCCCAGAGAAGGGCAUCAAGUGGUACCAAUGCAGAAGAAACUCCAGUCCCUCAAAUCAGGAGGAGAGAAGAGUGGGCAGCGCACACACCAAGGAAAAAAUAAAAACAUAACCAAAGGUUUGAGCAGGUGAAGAAGCAUGGUAUUUCCAUUCUUGGUCAUUUUCUUUCUUCCCAAGAAGCCUGAGUCCUGGGGAGGCAGGCUAAGGCAGCUGCCACCAGCUGGAUUUUUUUUUGCACGUGUGAAAGGUUGGGGAGGAGAUGGAUGGUCCUGGAUAUAUCAAACACAGACUUGCUGAAUGGAAACUGUGUGCACCUGAGAGUGGGUUUUGGUUUAUUUUUUAAGUUUUGCACAGUUAGAGGAAAAUGAGCAAGCAAAAGAAAGGAAAGAAAAAGAGGAACAAACUAUUCUGGCUCUGCAGAAGCUUUUAUUUUUUAUUGGAUUAUUAUUAUUUUAUUGCUCUUUUGUCGGUACAGAACUUUGUUUCUUCUUUACCCCCCAUUUCUGUUGCUUCAACAGCAUCUGAGAAACAUCUGGGAAGAGGAGAGGAAGGCAGAGAGGCAUGACUCUGGUCUCCUCUCCCCUGGGGAAAAUGUGGGGGCAGACUUUAUUUUCCUGGGUGGGUAGAUUUUUCCUGAUACUUGCCUGGCCCACCUCUCUGGGGCCUGCCUAGGGCUAGAGGUAUCACCCAGGGUCCCCCCAGAACCCCAAUCCAUAUGACCCCUAGAUAUUCUCUCUCCUUACACUGUUAGUUUUUUCCCAUUUCUUCCAUUUCAAUUUCUCAGUGCAUGUGUUUUAGCAUAGAGAAAAAGCAGCGUUGUCAGAAAAUUGUCCUUCUCCCCCCAAAAUAUCUUCCUAUCCCAUGUCCCCUUGCCUCCCCCACCCCCAAUUUCCUCCUGAUAGGCCAGAGACCCCAGAGCUGCUCAGGUAAGAUGGGGUCCAAGACACACCUAAAAGGGGACUUGAUUGCACUGGAUCCUAGAGCAGGGAGGUCCCCUCAAGGUCUCCUCUCCAGUCACUGUUAAUUUCUAGGGUCACAGUUCUAUUUAAGGUGGACCUUUUCCUUGGGCAGAGAGACAGGAAGACGGGACUAUGCCUCCACUUUUCCUCUUUCUCCCCACCUCUGGUCAUUCCUUUCCUUAUGGCCAACAUGUCACCAGGAUGUCACAUACUUAAAAUAACUAACCUGUUUUAUGUAGACUGCAGGCUGAUGGUGUGUGUGUGUGUGUGUGUGUGUGUGUGUGUGUGUGUGUGUUUGUCAGUGGGGGGUUAUGGAAGAUCUUCUGGGACCUGAACUUGAACGACUAGGUAGGUUGAAGCUAAGAAAGUUGGCUAUGGGAUGGUCACUUCUCCCGAGGGGCACAGGUCCCUCUGGUGUGGAUUUUGUCACUCUUUGCCUUUCUUUGGUGGCUAUUCCAUUCCAUGAGGUUAGCUCAGUUACUUCCUCAGGAAAAUGCUUCCUCAUGCCUUCUUCACUCUUUGGAGUGUUAGAGAGAGCUGGGUUGCCCCAAUGCCAAGGCAUGUCUCCAAGUCAGACAAGUACAACCCAGCCAGCCUAGAACCUGGACCCCCUCUUGAGUUUGGGGGCUUUAGGGAAUGAGGCCUGAGAUGUGGACACAGAUUUGGCUGGAGAAAGGAUUUUUUUUUUUCUAGAAGACCCAAAGUUUUAGAUAGAAUGUGCCCAGGGAGAGGUGGAGGUGGGAGAAAACUGAAAGUUGGGGUCCCUGGUUGGGUUCCCUCAGUCCCAGCUCCUGCUUCCUAGCUCAGUUUGAUGUACUGCCACAGCACCCCCACCAGCUUUCCUGUUAAUACCCCCCAUACCAUAUCUGAUUUCUGAGAGUGUCUUUUGACCAUGCUCCUUUCACAUGUCCCUUCUGCACCCAAGCCCCUCAUCCUCAGCCUCCACUUUUCUAAUCUCCCUUCCUGAGUGAUGGGGGUGCCCUCAUCUAGCUGGGGCCCUGUGAGUCCUCCCCUUCCACCCUAGAGGACCCAAAGCAAAGGUUUUCCAAAUUACCUCCACUCUGAAGAUGCCAGUUCUACAGAUGUUUCCAGAACACUAGUAUGAGGGUAGGGAGCCCCACUUGCUUUAGAGCCUCUAUUCCUGGCUUCACAAGGGUGUAACUGGCAUAGUUAAUCUCAAAAAAUGACACAGGACAAAUGUUCCUUUCUGACUAGGAGCUAAGGAGGGGUACCCCUGUGAGUUGAAGUUCCUGCCCUGCCGUAAACACAUCUUUCUGGGGAUUGAACUCUUCCAGGAAUGGUGACUCUUGGGAGAAUCCCACCCCCAACUCUGGCCUAAAUGACCUCUGAUGCUCCAGCCCCUACACCCAAGUCCCCAGAGAAGACCCCCACCCCAUCCCAGUAGAUCUUGCCUUUUUCCUGGUCUUCUUCCUGCUCUGGGUCAAGGGUCUCCCCCAUACUUUCCACUUUUCCUGUCUGUACUCAGGACCAGUGACUCUUCUAGCUUCCCCCUUCCAAAAGAAACCAGAGAUGAGUUGUUUAGUUAGGGUUCUGUUCCUUUGGUUUUUGGAUUUUGUUUAUUUGCUUACCUACUGUAGAAUGUGCAGGCUUACAAAGGGGUCCUUAAUGUUGAAGAGACCCCUAGUGGGGGGGGGAGGGGAGUAAUGACGGUGAAAGGAAGAGACCAGAACAUUCCAAAAAAUUCCCAGAUGUCCACACCAUUCAAGGAAGCAUCCUUCCAGGCUGCUAAUACUCUGGGUGCUCUCCCUAUGCCUUGGAUAAGGAAACAGAAAUGCGAGUCCCCCAUUUUAGAGUGGAAAACUGAGGUACGACCACAUCACAGAGAAUAGAGCUCUGUGAACCUAUUCUGCUCAUGGUGCUCGGAGGGUUCCUGGAACCCCUGCCCCCCCCCCCACCCCAUCCCAUCUAGAAACCCUGUGCCCUGCUUCCUCUCUGUGAAGGAGUACACCCACAGUCAUAGUUUCAGACUGUCAGAAGAGGCAUUAUGAAAGAAAAGAAUAAAGGAACAAACAUACAACUCUUGAUCCCACAAUACAAUUAUUAUGUUUUAUUCAGGGGAAUGUUGAACUUUAUAAAACAUAGGGGGUUGGGGGUGGGCUGUAAAAGUACUAGGGACUCAGAGCCCCUAAUUAAAUCUCUUCACUGGUGGGGUGUCUACUCCCAAAGCAAAGCAGUACAAAACCCCUAAGGAAUCAAAAGAACUUUUUGUGGAUAUGGGCAGAGACGGUGAGCCUUGCUUACCAGGAGUACUCCUCUUCCCUCCCAUUCCUGCUUUCACUCCAUCCAGUCAUGGCUGUCCCUGGUGUUGCUGAAUCCAACAUGGUCCUCCAGAGCCCCCUUCCAAACCACAGGGACACUCUGUUAGGGGUUGGUCACCCUGCUAGCAAGUAUGGGGAGACAGCAUAAUGGUUCUGCAGAAGACUUUCAUGCCCGAGGUUCUGAGGUCCAGAUUCAAUCCCCAGCACCACCAUAAGUCAGAGCUGAGCAGUGCUUUGGUCUCUUUCUUUCACUGAAAAAAAUUAAUAAGAGCAACACAAAGGACACUGGUGAAACUGAGGCACUCUAACCAAACAGGACUGACCAGGACACAAGAGCAGGGUAGGCUCCAGGUCCUCACAGGCUCUCCCCUUUUCCUUCCCCAAUAUUCUCUUCCUCAGCUGGUUGGCUUCUGGAACCUUCCAUUCUUACAAAAGCAAAGCUAAUUUACCUCAGAGGUUUUUGUUUCCUUUCAGAAACCAGUGGCUUUGCAUUAGCCCCUUUCCCUUCAUCAUUGCCUGUCCACUUGAGCCCUUUACUUCUGGUCAUGAGUUGGCUUUGUUGUCAAGAAUAGGUCCCCCACCUGCAGAUACUGAGAUGGGAGAGCAAGAUGUGGUGCAGCUGCUGUAUAUUCCCUGAGAUAGCUUGUAGGUACAGGCCUCUCUCUCCUCUGUCGGGGUCCCGCCAAGUCACCAUAGCAACCAGCAUCUCCAAGGUACCACAGGAGACAAUGUUUCAAUGAGCUGAGGUGGUGGGGUUAGGGCGGCAGGCCCAGCCAGAUUAUCUCAACUUCAGUCUCCAAUACUAGAGGGAAGAAGAGAGAUGAUAAUGGAUAUAUAGGCAGUUUGAAAAACAGGCCAGGAACUUGGAGCCUCAGAGAGAGGUAAUUGAAAGACAUAAGGCAGGUCAUUUCUGGUCCUGUCCCCCUCCCUUCCAGUCCCCGGCCCACCUCACCUUCCAGAAAGCUCACACCUUGAACACUGACCCUUUAUUAGAACAAUGCAAAUCCUACCCUUAGAAAACAGUGUUAUAAUGAGCCUCCAAGACAGGUGGGUAAAAUCUAUUUCAAGGAAGAGGGUCAUCUGGUUUGAUUUUUUUAAAAGAAUAUGUUAGUGAGAUUAAAGAAAAAAAAAGAUUUAAACAAAGUUUUUAAAAAAGGAAACCUAUGCUAUUUAAAUUGGAGCCCAGUUGUAACUUGGUAAAGGCAAGCUUCUGUACCUUUGUUAUAAUUAAUUGUAUACCUGUGUAUGUAAAUAUAAGGCAUUCCUAUUUUGCAGUUCAGAACAAAAAAAAACCUAUUUGUAAUAUAGAAUAAAGUUUAUUAAAAAAUAAUUAAAAUGUUG